AUGUGUGGAGGAUUUACUUGUUCAAAAAAUGCUUUGAUUGCUUUAAAUAUUCUCUAUGUGGUGGUGGCUUCUAUUCUCAUAUCAGUGGCGGUGUACGGGCAGGCAUCGUCACUUGUGACAAAUCUGCCCAUAUUAGGAGGAAUAUUGGCAUGUGGAGUAUUUCUUAUAUUAAUAUCACUUUUGGGUCUAGCUGGAGCUGUUAAACAUCAUCAAGUUAUGCUGUUCUUUUACAUGGUUAUACUUUUCUUACUGUUUUUAGUGCAAUUUUCAGUCGCUUGUGCUUGUUUGGCUGUAAAUUCUGAACAACAAGAGAUGCUAGCUCAACAGGGCUGGAAUAAAGUUGACAUGGAUGUAAAGCAGCAAGUACAGGAGCGGUUCCAAUGUUGUGGCUUCCAAGGCAGAAUAAUGCCUAAUAAUGCUACUAUUGAUUACCCGUCUUGCAAUGCAGUUGAUAGAGCAUGCUGCAAAAAUAUGCCCAUAUCUGCAGAAUGUCAGUGUCAGCCAUGUAUGGAAAAUCUUAAGGAAACCAUUGAUUAUGCAUUUAAACUUUGUGGGGGUAUUGGUCUUUUCUUCAGUUUUACUGAGUUUUUGGGUGUUUGGUUGACGCUAUUCGCAGUGUGGCUCGCUCGACGGUACCGCAAUCAACCAGAUCCCAACUACAAGGAACCCCACGCUAUAUUUCCUAGACAAAAUUAUUUGUAU